AGUAGUUGCCCUAUACAUUAAACAAUUCAUGAACUAGUGGCAAAUUACCAAACAUGGAUCAAUAUUUCAUUUUGGAACUUGAUCUGGUCAACUGAACAGCUUCCAAACCUGCUUCUAUUUUCAACCUUACCCCUUCAUUUUUGAGGUUGUAUAUUCAACCCAUUCGAAAACAUGAAAGUUUUCUUCCGGACUUAACACAAAAAAAUACCACCCAAAACUUUUCAGCAGACCAGAAACAAUCCCCCAAUUCCAAGCCCAGCGUUUGCAGCUAGAAAAGAUCUCAAGGUGCUGACAGUUAGUUGGUGUUGUUAAACUUCGAAGUACAAGAUCUAAACUAUAAGCCCGAUCACAGUCAAAGAUUCUUCGAAGAGAAAAACCAAACGGUUAAAUUGUUAAGAAGAGACACGAUAUGGCAGAAACCGCGGUAUUAUUUCUCAUAGACAAAUUGAUCCCAUUACUGACCCAAGAAGCAACAUUAUUGCAAGGCAUCCAUGGAGAAGUAGCUGACAUCAAAGAUGAAUUGGAGAGCAUUCAGUCUUUCCUCAAGGAUGCAGAUGCAAGGGCAGCAACUGAAGAAGAAAUGAGCGAGGGUAUCAAAACCUGGGUCAAACAAGUAAGAGAAGCAGCUUUUCACAUAGAAGUUGCAAUUGACCGAUACUUGCUUCACAUGGCACAACAAUCUCAUCAGCGUGGCUUCACUGGUUUCCUCCAUAAAAUCAUUCGCUUACCAAAAUCAUUAAAACCCCGUCACAAUAUAGCCAGUGAAAUUCAGGGGUUCAAAGCAUCAGUGCAGAAAAUUAAGGAAAGAAGUGAAAAGUAUAGCUUCAAAUCAACUAGUCAAGGAUCAAGCAGUGGUGCACAGAACGUUAGGUGGAACGACCCUCGAAAGGAUUCCCUUUAUCUUGAGGAUGCAGAUGUUGUAGGCAUUGAAGCUCCUAGAGAUGAAUUGAUUAACUGGUUGGUAGAAGGACCGUCUGAUCGUAUUGUGGUUUCAGUGGUCGGAAUGGGGGGACGAGGCAAGACUACUCUUGUAAAAAAAGUCUAUGACCACCAAAUAGUAAGAGGACACUUUGACUGCCAUGCUUGGAUCUUUGUCUCUCAAUCUUACAACACAGAAGAUCUACUAAAGAGCAUAAUAAAGCAAUUUUGUGAGGCCAGAAGGGAGUUCCCAUUGCCAGGAAUUGACACAAUGGACGAACAGUCAUUGAUCAAUAUAUUAAGAGACUAUUUACGGCAAAAGAGGUAUGUGGUCGUAUUUGAUGAUGUAUGGAAAAUAGACUUUUGGGAUGAUAUAAAACAUGCUUUACUUGAUAAUCAUUUGGGUGGUAGAAUUGCAAUCACAACACGUAAUUGGGAGGUUGCUAAUUUUUGUAGAAAAUCUUCACCUAUUCAUGUUUACGAGUUGCAACCAUUGCCUCCCAAUGAGGCAUGGGAGCUUUUUUGCAAAAGGGGGUUCCAAUUUGAUUUUGGAGGACAUUGUCCCCGAGUGUUGGAGAAAUUGUCUCAUGAGCUUGUGGAAAAGUGUGAAGGAUUACCAUUAGCAAUUGUUGCUAUAGGUGGUCUUUUGUCAACCAAAGACAAAACUAUCUUGGAAUGGCAAAACUUGCAAAAUAGCCUUGGCAUUGAGUUGCAAAGAAAUCCACAUCUUUCAGCUGUCAACAAAAUUCUAUCCCUAAGUUUUGAAGACCUACCAUACAACCUUAAGUCUUGCUUCUUAUAUCUUGGUAUGUAUCCAGAGGACUACUAUAUUAAUUGCAUAAAGUUGAUUCGACAAUGGAUAGCUGAAGGCUUUGUGAAAGAAAUUGAGGGUAAAACAUUAGAAGAGGUUGGACGAGAAUAUUUGACCGAACUAAUCCAUAGAAGCUUGGUUCAAGUAACAAGGGUCGACUUUGAUGGAAAAGUUAGACUAUGCCGACUCCAUGAUCUCUUCCGUGAGAUCGUCCUCCAAAAGAUGAAGGGUUUGAGUUUUGUUCAUGUUUUAUCAAAACAAGAGUCCAAGUUUGAGGGACUAACUUGUCGUAUGGCUGUAAAUAGAGUUUCAUACAGUGUAUUGAAGCUAUUUAAGGACACACACAUUUUUUCACUUUUAUUGUUCAAUCUUGAUGAAUUGCCGAAGUCAUUUAUGCGUGAUUUUUUUGCUAAUUUCAAACUUUUGAAAGUAAUGGAUUUCGAAGAUGCUCCAUUGGAUUUCAUUCCAGAAGAUGUGGGAAGCUUAUUUCACUUAAGGUAUUUAAGUUUGAGAAAUACCAAAGUAAAAUUGCUUCCAAAAUCCAUAGGAAAGUUGCAAAAUCUAGAGACUCUAGAUUUGAAGCAAUCUCAUGUUUAUGAAAUACCAGUUGAGAUCAACAAUCUUCGUAAGUUGCGGCAUUUCAUAGCCUACAAUCGUAACUUCAAAAUAGAUUUCAGUUUGACUUAAGAAAAAGGUGUAAAGUUACAAAAGGGUAUUGGGUGCUUAAAGGACUUGCAAAAAUUGUACAUGUGGAGGCGAAUCAUGAAGGGGCAAUUGAUCUUAUUACUGAGUUGGAAAGCUUGAGACAAUUGAGGAAGCUAGGCAUGAAAAAUCUUACAAGAGAAACCGGAAGGGCUUUGUGUGCCUCUAUUGAAAAGAUGAACCACCUUGAAUCUCUAGAUGUAACCUCAAUAAGCAAAGACGAGAUAUUAGAUUUGCAAUCUAUUUCAUCUCCACCUCAAUUUCUCCAACGCCUCUACAUACAGGGGCGGUUGGACCAGUUACCUAACUGGAUUCCAAAACUUCAACAUCUAAGUAGAUUACUAAUUUGUUGGUCAAGGUUGAGUGAUGAUCCUAUGAAAGCCUUCCAAAAUCUGCCAAAUUUAUUGGAGCUCAGAAUCUUUAAUCAGUCAUACAAUGGAGAGCAAUUACAAUUUGAGAUAGGAGGGUUUCCAAAACUCAGAUUACUAUGGCUUAGGCACUUGGAUAAGUUGAAUUCAUUAUAAACGAAGGAGCAUUGCCCAUUCUUGAAAAGCUUUUGAUUGGGCCCAGUCCGCAGUUGAAGGAAGUACCCUCUGGAAUCAAACAUGUAAGAAGCCUCAAAAGCAUUGAAUUUUGGGAUAUGCCCAAAGAAUUUGAAGAAAGUUUGGAUCCUGAGCAAGGAUCAUGUCAUUGGAUCAUAGAGCAUGUACCAAUCAUUUAUCUCUGUCACAUGGUUGGCAAAGGAUAUUAUGACUUUGACACUCGCAUUCUCCAUUCCAAGCACUUGGAGAGGUCAAGAGGGCUAACAAUAAACCAUAUUGAUAAUCACAAAGACAAUAAUAGCAACAAUAUCAAUGCUUCCGUUGAGCAAGGACAAUAAUGCUCAGCUCAGAUGCCACUGGAAGACUUGCACAGAAAAACCAAUUGUUUUGUUGGUAAAAUUAAUCAGCAAAAUGGGACAUCUCAAUUGGUUUUAUGUUGUGCUAAUUAUGUCGUUGUUUCAUAAUCAAUGGUAGCACUACUAGUCUAGAUGGACAAGGUGCUGCUUUUAUGUGUUUUACAAUGUUUAUAAUUCACUAGAAUUUGUUUCAUAUGCUGAAUUAUUCAAGAAAAAUAUUUGUGAUCUGUAUAUCCAGUAACACGAUAAUGAAAUGUUCAGGGUAAGUUGCUCAAAUAAAAUUUUGAAUUUGUUUUA